CUCGUAUAGAUCCAAAUCAAAUUCCCUCGCCUGUUGUAGUUCAAGAACAAGAUCAAAAUCUUUUUGAAGAACAACCAUAUAUGACUUGCUCAAAAUUAGCAACACCACUUGCAAGAAAUUCUAAUCCAAGAUUUAUGAGAUUAACAUUAUAUUCUAUACCAAACAAUGAAGAUCUUCUUCAAACUUCUCAUUUACCUCUUGCUAUUAUUUUACAACCUUUGGCUAAAUUAAGAAAUGAUGAGGCCCCAAUUGAAGUAGUUGAUUUUCAAGAGAAUGGACCAGUUCGUUGUAGAAGAUGCAAGGCAUAUAUAAAUCCUUUUGUAAUUUUUGUUGAAGGCGGUCAAAAAUUUAUAUGUAAUAUGUGUCAAUUUGCAAAUGAAGUUCCAGUAGAGUAUUUUUGUAAUUUAGAUAUGAGCGGAAGAAGAGCUGAUUUAGAACAAAGACCUGAAUUAAAGCAUGGGACAGUAGAAUUUUCUGCACCGAAGGAAUACUGGGCACGAACACCAACUCCUCUAUCGUGUAUAUUUGCUAUCGAUGUUUCUUGGAAUUCAAUUAAAAGUGGAAUGUUAAAAAAAUGUGUAGAAACAAUUCGAGAUAUUUUAUAUAAUACGCCGAAUAGUAUUCCAGCAGGAGGUAGAAUAGCUCAAAUGUUGGUUGUCUCGGAUAUCAAUGAUAUUUUUGUGCCAAUAAAUUCUGGGCUAUUGGUUGAUCCAUAUGAAUCAAGAACUGUGAUAGAAUUCCUUUUAGAAUCAUUACCGUCAAUGUUUAUUGAAAACAAGACUAUUGAACCUGUUUUAGGAGCAGUUGUAAAAGCAGCACAUAUGGCACUGCAUCGUGAAGAUACAAAAUUGUAUAAUACCGAUAAGGAAAAAACUUUAUAUGCUCCUCAAGAUACAUAUUAUAAAACACAAGCUAUAAAUUGUGUAGACUCUGGUAUUUGUAUUGAUUUAUUUUUAUUUCCAAACACUUAUAUUGACGUUGCAACUAUUGGAUUGUUAUCUUGUUUGACCGGUGGUGAAAUUUACCUUUACCCUAAUUUCGAUGCCCAACUUGACGGCGAGAAAUUUUCGCGUGAAUUAAAACAUAAUGUUUUAAGAGAAUCUGGAUAUAAUGCGCUUAUGAGAAUUAGGUGUUCUAAUGGUCUUAAGGUUUCGGAUCAUUUUGGAAACUUUAACAUGCGAAAUACUACAGAUGUUGAACUUGCUGGGAUUGAUAGUGAUAAAGCAUUUGGCGUUGCACUUAAACAUGAUGGGAAACUCGAUGAAAAAACUGAUGCAUACAUUCAAUGUGCACUUUUAUAUACAACAUCCACCGGUCAACGAAGGGUAAGAGCACACAAUUUAAGUAUUACAGUUACGACUUUGUUGGGCAAUGUUUUCAGAAAUGCAGAAAUGGAUACUACUAUUCGUGAUCAAAUAACCGACAAAUGUGUAAAGAUAUUACUAUCAUAUCGAAAACAUUGUGCAAAUGCAAAUGCACCCGGGCAAUUGAUUUUACCAGAAGCCUUCAAACUAUUUCCAUUAUAUUCCUUGGCAAUGCUAAAGUCUAAAGCUCUCCGUGGAGGUGCCAAUAUUGCAAGUGAUGUGCGAGUAUAUUUUAUGCGAUUUAUAAAAAGUGCCAGUGUAUCCGAAAGUAUUGUCCUUUUUUAUCCACGACUUUUUGCUGUUCAUAAUCUUUCGGAAGAGAUUGGAUACCCAGAUCAAUAUGGUAGAAUUAAAUUACCACCACUAUUAAGAACUUCUUUUUCAAGAGUUGAUCAAGAUGGUGCAUAUUUGUUAGAAAACGGUCAAACAAUGAUACUUUGGAUAGGACGACAAAUUUCCUCAGAAUUUUUGCUCGAUGUGUUUGGAGUCAGUUCAAUUGAAAAUGUUGACCCCAAACUUACUUUUCUACCUGAAUUUGAAAAUAAAACUUCAACACAAGUCCGUUCAAUUAUAUCGUAUCUUCAAUCACAAAGAUCCAAAUUUUUGAGGCUUACGAUUGCAAGAAUGCAAUUGGAUCUCGCGGAAAUGGAAUUUAAUAGUUUACUUGUAGAAGAUGAAAAUAAUGGUGCUAUGUCAUAUGUUGAUUAUCUAUGCCAUAUUCACAGACAAAUUCAAACUGAAGCUAGUAUGGGUGAUUAA